UAUUGAAUUGAUGAGGAGAAGGAUUUGAUCUGGGGGGAUGAACGAGUUAUAAGAUGCUGGGCCGCGCGAUCGGCCGACUCGGCUGGCGCUGCUGUAUGGAGUAAAGUGCCUCCUUUUGCUGCGCGCACAGCCCGUUCAUUACAGAAGUGGGGAUACCGGAGAGGUUCAACUCGUUGUUUCAAAUUAGUGUGGCACUCGCGGUCUAGCGGCGCACAACACACCCCUCGCUCGCUCUCGCUCUGCUCUGCCUGUCUGCCAAGCAAAAGGGACACCGGCUUCGGGACAGGGCCUGCUGGACUCACCCACACGUGGACUUCAGUUUUGGCGCCACUUGUGUGAAGAGAAUUUCUCGGUGCAGUGACAAAAAGUGUCCAAACGGCAAAUUUUCGAGCAAGUUAGCCCGCGAGUGCCUAAAAGUGGAUUUUUUCCUGACUUGUCACGUUUGUAGUAGUUUCGCUGUACAUUGGUUUUGUGUUCGAAUUUUCUUCUCGAGAGUGUGAUCGUAGCCGCCACGCAACUUUCAUCCACAAUCUGGCCAAACUUUCGGUGCAAAAAAUGAACUGCCCGAUCGUGGAAGACGCACACCAGCUGCCUCCUCUACGUUGCUAAGACUGCCCCCAAAGCUCACUGAUUCCAAGAUGUCGGCCAGCACCCUGACGAACCCGAGCGGCGGGUCGACGUUGCCAGCUACGACGUCGCCCUCGGAGGACUUCCUACUCUGCCGACGCACGACCAACAACAACAACGACGAGGCCGACCCGAGUCCGGCGUCGCGCAAAGCCGCCCUCUGGUCCUCCGAGGUCAGCAGGGAGAUGGACCUGCGAGGGGAGGACAGCGGAGACGAGGCCUCCCCCACCGAGGAGUCGGAGGACGAGCGGCAGGUGGCUCAGCUGAUGGCCGCGGCCGCCCCGACGCGCAACAAGCGUAAGAACUUCAAGCCGAGGAACAUCCUCUACUCGCUGGACGACGAGCAGGAGCCGUUGGACGCGACCGCCGAGAACAAAAGCGCCAAGCCGCUGGACCUGACGGACGGCCUGCUGCCCGCCAAGCGGAGGAGCACCAUCCUGCCGAGACGGCUCGAACGCAGCCAUCAGGAGGCGCGCAGCGACGUCAUAGACUUGUCCGUGCGGCAGCAGGAGGACGACGAGCAGCCGGCCGUCGACCUCAGCCAGGAGGCCCGCAGCGUCCAGGAGGCCCUGAUGGCGCAGCAGUACGCGCACAUCCAGAGCCAGCUGCACGCUCACCUGCAGACCUUCCAGCAGCACCCUGAGCUGCUGCUGCAGCAGCGGCACACGGCACCUGCCGACGCCUCCGCGAUGAGGGAGUACGCGGAGAACACGAUGAAGGAACUUCUGGGCAUCUACGGCCUCAACGACAUGGCCGAGUCCAUCACCAAGCACGUGCCGAUCGGCAACUUCUCCUCUGGCAAAAUACUCGAGUCGAUGAACGCCACCUCCCGACUGUCCGCGCUGGGCUUUGGCCGCCCCACCGGCCUCUCGCUCAGCAUCCCAUCGCCGCACCUGCCGCACCCCGCCGCUCCCGCGGCCCUUCCCAAUCUGCCGGCCCCCAGACUCAGUCCUCCGGUGCAGCCCCCGACGCCCCCGAGGACGCCCCACUCGCCCAAGGCGGCCAGGACGUCUUCCCCGGACCGGACUCCAAAAGAGACCAACGCCACCCCUUCGACUGCAAGGGUCCCGCUGCCGCACAAUGUGGCCACCAUACUCACCCUGGCCGCUCUUCAGGAGCAGAAGGACCGCCUCAUCGGCGAACACACCCCAACUGGAACACCUUCCCUUCCAACCACUUCUGGUAUCAACCGACCAAUGCCUGUGGUGAGUCCUUCGACGGCCGCAGCUGUGGCCGCCGCGGCCGCCGCCGUGCCGCUCAGGGAGCCCAAGGCGUCCUUACCCAUUGAUUACUCGCGGUACGUCCGCAAGUUCAGCAGCGCCGCCGAGUGCGGUAACAAUCACUGCAGAGACCUAAACUACAGGUACGGACUCUGGGAGCAUUUCCACUGUUUGGACUGCAACUCGCGCGUGUUUGUCAAGAAGGAAGAGAUGAUUCGCCACUUUAAAUGGCACAAAAAGCGCGACGAGUCACUCCAGCAUGGGUUCAUGCGUUACUCCACCAUGGACGACUGCUCAGACCGAUUCCCUGGUUGUCAGCACAACCGAAAGCAGACCCACUACCACUGCAUCAAGAAGAGAGCUGAUGGGGAGGGCUGUGAGAAGGUGUACAUUAGCACGUCUGACGUUCAGAUGCACGCCAACUACCACCGCAAAGACUCGGCCAUCAUCCAAGAAGGCUUCCAGCGGUACAGGGCGACUGAAGAGUGCGGCGCCGCGUACUGCGCCUUCUUUGGGCAGCGCACCACCCACUUCCACUGCAUCAGAACUGGCUGCAAAGUGACAUUCAAGAAUAAAGCAGACAUGGACAAGCAUAAGACAUAUCACAUUAAAGACGAGCAAUUGAACAGAGACGGCUUCAAGAAGUUCAUGAAACAAGAAGCGUGCCCCUUUGAACACUGUCGCUUCUCUCGUGUCUGCAACCAUAUCCACUGCAUCCGCCCUGGCUGCAACUAUGUGUUGCAUUCGAGUGGCCAGCUCUACUCGCACAAGCGGAAACAUGAGCGACAAGACAAUGAGAUUGCCUACCGUAAAUUUAAAUUAGCUCAAAGUAUGAUGAAAGGUUUUUCUGACGGUAGCGCUCCUGCAGGCUUCAAUCCCCAAAAUCUGAGCCCAGGAAUGCUCCAAGCAUUUCAGGAGCAGCUUUCCCAAGAAGCUCAACAAGGAACAAGCACUCCUGGUCCGUCAAGAUUUGAUGACUCUUUUAUGUCAAGACUUGAUGACUCGUUAGGCCUAAAAAUUGACGAGUCCAUGAACCGAUUCGAUGAAUCGUCCACGGCUGAUGACAGCCAAGAGUUUUCUCAAAAUGAAAAGGAUGAGGAUGGAGAAAAAAGUCGCAGCACCUCUCCGCCACUUUCCCAAAUCAACAAAUACACAGCAGCUAUGCUAGCUGGUAUGCCAAUUCCCGGCUUUGGAGUGCAAGCUGGAACUUCCACUGCAGAGCCCCCAGACUCCCUGGCGGCAAUGGACCUGACUGGCGAAAUUAAGCCACGCAGCGACGACCUGUGGAAGAAAUUUAUGACCCUUUAUAAGGCUAAUGAAAAAUGUAUCAAGUCUGGAGAAUGCGCCCACCUCUUCAAAGAACACUACCACUGUAACGCACUGGCCUGUGAUAUGACCUUUGGAUCUCAAGAAGGAGUGUGGGAUCAUGCUCGAAGUCACGAGCAACAGGAGCAAGUGACAGAUGCCUUCUACAUAACGACUGAAGUUGGCCAACAACCUUGUGAAUGUCCCCCUGAGUGCCCUUUCCAGAACAAGGAAACCCACUACCACUGUGGAUAUGAGAACUGUCGCGAAAUCAUCAUGACAACUGACAAGCCCUUCAGGCGGCUGGACCAUUAUAAAAUGCACGAAUACUCGCGGAAGCUGAGCCUUGGAAAGGACGCAAUGCAGAUGUCCCUGGCCACUUCCAUCGACGGCAUGUUCAGACGCAAGAGAGGCAGACCACCAAAGAACAGAGUCAUUGAGGUGUGGAAUGAUUGUUUCUCAACUCCGAUGGGUGGAUCAGGCAUUCUCGACUCACCACAGGCAAUUUUCACGAGUUUCAAAUUGCCAAAACCUACCCUGAAUCAGGCCCCUGAGUCUCCUCAAGACAUACAAGCUCCCUCUCCUGAUGACGGCGAUGAAGACAUGAACUCUUCAGAGGAGAGAGACAAGGGUUCGCAGUUGCCGAGUGAUGUUCGCGAGGGAUUCUAUAUUUUUGAAGAAGGCACCGAGUGCCCUGAUCAACUCUGCAUCUAUUCUGGGAAAUUCCACUACCACUGCACUCAGCCCAGGUGCUUCUACGUCACAGAAAGAGAAGACAUUCUGAUUAUGCACUCCAAGGAUUUCCACGACAACAUUGAUAUUCUUGAAGGCUUUGUGUUCUUCGACAGAAGCAUUGAUUGCAGGCAACCAUCAUGCCACAGCAACAAGGUGAACCGCCACUUCCACUGCACCCGACCAAAUUGUGGCUACACUUUCGUCCGAUACUCAACCAUGGCCCUGCAUGAGCAAAAGCACCGAGAGGAGGCUGGAGUCCAGUCAGUCAACAGUUCCAUGUCCUCCCAGCAGCCCAGUUCUCCGAUGCAACCAGCUGGCAGCUCUGAAGCUUCUCCUCCACCCCAGUCAAGCUCUCCCCUGAGCGCCAGCAGUGCCUCCUCGGGAGUACGUAAAAUAAAAUCAGACUCAAACCCAGCUAUGGCCCUGCAGUCCGAUAUUGCAGCCCUCAAAACAGUGGUUAAGGCAGCGGGAACGUACUACCCUUUAUCUGCAUUCUCGAGUGAGAGGCGCGCUAGUUCGUCUGAUGAGCAGACCCAUUCAGUCCCCCAAUCAACAAGCACCACCAACACCUCUUCUACGUCAGGACUCGGUGCCCAAAGACCGUUAUGCAGGGUGCGAACCGACCUGCAGUCCCGCCCUGCAGCAGAUCCAGAUGCUGGUAAUUCCGACAGCUUGAGCCGAAUGCACCAACAGUUGGCAGCCCAUCUCAGCAACUCAAUGGGAGAACCGAAACCAGAGUGGAUGGCUCUGGAGAGGCAUGUCAAGUAUGGCCCCGAAGUUUCCUGCAGCCGACCCUUCUGCAAGUUGAAAAGGAAGGAGCACUACCACUGCAACGCCUGCAACCAAGCAUUCUCUGACCUGGACCGACUGCGUCCGCACAUCCUGAAGCACAGCAGCGGCGCUAUUAGCCCCGGCUCUCAGAACGUGAAGCGCGAGUCGGAGGAGGCAGAUCGCGGCAGCCCAUCACCGCAGAACGGCUCGUCGGCCGAUAACCCCGGCCAUCCAUGGGACCACAACGUGGCCGCAGCCGCCGCGUCGCAGAGCAUAUUCGAGGGCCACGAGCUGCCACCAGGCUUCGCGGCGUCGCACGCGGCGGCCGCGGCCGCCGCUGGCUACCUGCCGAGCCCGUUUGCGCUGAUGACCUCGCAGAGCCUGCCAUUCAUGCACCAGCCGGCCCUGUACUCAUCGCCGGCUGGGCUGAUGUUCGCUCCCGCGCUGCACCCGUCGCACCACCAGGCGGCAGCGCUGGCCGCCCUGCACCAGCAGCAGCAGAACGCGCUGAACGGCAUGCAGGAGCACGAGAUGAACUCGCUGCUGGGCAAACGUGGCUCCCCAGGUGGCAUAGGCGCCGUGUCGCCGCUCGACAUCUCCACCGAGGCCAAGAAGGCGCGCAUCCAGAGCAGCAUGCGCAUCCUCAAGGACGAGCCGGUGCCCGAGGGCUACCUGCGCUUCCGCUUCAACGAGGACUGCAAAUACCCACACUGCGGCUACCGAGAGCACCAGACGCACUUCCACUGCAUGCGCGUCGACUGCGGCUACAGCUUCUGCGACAAGACCCGCUUCGUGCAACACACGGCGCGCCACGAGAGGCUCGACACCUUGAUGGGUGGCGAUUUCCAGCAAUUUCGCGCCAACGUCCACUGCGGCAGGGCCGAUUGCGUUUACGCCACCACCAUGCCCUCAACCAAUGUCAGAGGAGCCUUGCAGAACAAAGCGUCCCAUUUCCACUGUCUCAAGUGCGAGUUCGUGUGCACUGACACCAACAAGGUGGUGGCCCACCGACGGCAGCAUCAGAAGCUGGACUCGAUCAUGGCUGCUGGCUUUGAGAAAUUCACCCCAUCUCAGAACUGCAAUGUGGACGGAUGCGCCCACAACCAGAAGCAGACGCACUACCACUGCUUGAGCUGUCACUACGCGGUGCUUGGUCUUUCACAAAUGUCAGCACACAAAUACCGACAUCUAGAAUAAUAAUUAACCAAACAUUAGUUGGCGAAAUGUGUAUAAUUGAUAUUUAUAUGAAAAGAAUCGGUUUUGCUGCUGCUGCUCUGAGCUGCUGAUCUCUAGCUAGACAUUGAAAUUUUCAAAGGCAAAAAAUGGUCUGUCUGAUCCAACUGAAUAUCAGUGUACAUAUUUGAGCAGAAAGUUGUUAUUCUAACUGGUAGCUAUAUGUAGGCACUACUUUCAGACAAAAGAUACCAGCAGCGUAAAAACAUAAAUUAUAUAAUCGGUGUAAAAUGAAGGUAGAGUUAAAUGACGUUUCAAGAAACAAUCACAAUGCUACUACUUUACGAUUUUAGAUUGUUUUUAAUUUUUAGUGUGAUAUUAUGUAAGCUUUUGAGUUGUUUUGAAGGACUCAAUCAAACAAAAAGCGCAAAAAGUAAGUUUCAAUGGGGAACAACUACUUGUUUACUUACAAAAAAUUGUUUUUUAUUAUUAUUUUAGUUUUUUGUCUUUUUUGUUGUGUGCGUUGAAGCGGAUUCAAUACCUGUAUACCAUUCUGCCAAAGGUAGAUUAUAAUUUUUAAAAAAAUGAUAUCCUUGGAAUUUUUGUCAAAGGUGCCUUCAUUUUGUUUUUGUCCCAUCUGUUCUCUGUAUAUUAAAAAAAAUGAUAUGGAACUUUAGGGAAGUCUGUAGCCUGUGCCUUAAACUGAAUAGUGCGCAUUGGCUUCAAAUUCGAGAAUCAAUUUCGUGGUGCAAAUCAACAACUAUCUGCUUGACAAAAAUAGCCAUCAGCCUUUUUGGGAGUCCCAGCAACCUUUGAGACGUAGACACAAAUCCUAGUACAAAAACGCUUAAUUAUGACUUUUUACCUUUCCCUGUUUUGUUCAGUAGCUGAGUCUUUGUCCCUGCCAGCAUUCAAAAUUUAGGCACGUGUUUGUCUGAGUAGAAUAAUCAAUUGUCAUUCAUGAAAUGCAAUCUAGCAUUUUAUCACAAUACAUUUUGCAUGUUGUCAAAAUUCUAUUUUGGAACUGAGAAGAUAGGACGACUUAAACCAUUUUGGUGCCUUGCAAAAUUCUCCAUUACAUUUCAUUCGUUUACGUUCUCUUAGAGUAAUUAUUAUAACUUUAAAAAUGUAGUAAGAAAGUUGAGAUAACUUUUGACAAAGUGGGAAAAUUUUACCUUUAGAUGAAAUGAGCAUAUUUUUGUAUGACAAAAAUACCAUUCCUGGCCUUUGUGUGAGACAAAAAGUGUAGCGGAAAUGAAACACAUACAAUGCUUUCUGAAUGUUCUAAAACCACACACACACAGUCACUUGAUGUCGUCUCGGACAAAAGCAAAUCAAUUGCCUCUUGUUGAGUUGACGUCAUUCUUAUUGCCGUGUAGUGUAGAUAAACUAAGAGAUUCCUGAAAUUGGCUUCUUAACACCAAAUUUUCAACCAAAAGGCACAUAAAUUACUAAACGAAAUGCUUUGAGUGGAAUAACACGCAUAGCCACCACAACUGUCUAAUAAGACAAGAAAGUUUUGUUUAUUUGUGAUGAUUUUUUCUCUUUUUCACUUUAGUGCAACUAAAUCGAUCAUUGUGUUAAUCCUUACAUUUAUGUACCUAGUCAUGCACUACUUUUGGAAAUAUGACUAUAAGGUCAUGUUUCUGCUGCUGUUUUUGUUCGUUUUUUCUCUCUCUUUCUUUAUUAAACAUGCAAAUGGGUGCAGUAUUUGUCAGUGCCUUUACCAAUGCAAAAGACACAGUCACCUUUGCAAGUAAUCAAUUAAUUGACGCGAUAUAUAUAAAUUAACUGAAUGCAUAUUAGUGAAAUCAAGGAACAUGUUGUGUAUGUACAGCACUCGAAGCAACACUGAAACGGCUCUUCUGAAUGUGUGUAAUGAUAAUGUGAUUUGACAUGUAUACUCCUUGCAUAACGCGAUUACACCGUAUUACUUGUAUUCAAAUAAUCAGCCAGCAAAAUCAGCGCCCGCAAAACGAGCAUAAUCAUAAGGUGGAAAGAGAUUUGUGUAUCAUAAAAAUGAUAAACGGCACUCUUUGAUUUGCGUAAGUCAUGCUAACUGAAUUUCAAAUAUUUAUGCGAUAACACACGUCAUCUAUUGUGUAUUAUGUUCAUCUGUAAAGAACUGCUUUCCCUAGUUUUUAUCAGGGCUGGACGGUUUCCGGCCACCCUCUCUGCACUUGUUAUUUGCUGACGAUGAGUUUGUUCACUGAAAUUCGUUCAUUCUCUCUUACGAGAUUACUCUUCUCUCCCACACAUGCGAGUGUACUGGUCAAAAUUGUCCACGAUUCCCAACAAUAGUCGUCAUCAAUUAUCCUAUUACACACCUAGCUUCGAACAUUGUGUUUAAAAUUAUGUUCAUAUAAUGGAAUAUUUAAAUAUUAAAGUAAAUAUUAUGUAGAUCAUUCCAGCAAUGAUGAAUGAGAUUGUGUAUAAAUUAAAUGAUAUAAAAAGAAUGCAAAAUACUACCAUGUUGAGUGGAUUACAAGUAUAUGAUUAAAAAACAAAAGAAAAAAGUACGAUGUAGACUGCUGCAGCUAUACCAUGCUAAUGAAAAUGAAAUGUUUGGUAGUCCUAUAAAUAAACGGAAAAUAUCAAAAAAUA